AUGGGACGUGGAACCACUGCUGGUACAGCUGUUUUUCUAGCCAUUGGAGGCUUCCUCUUUGGAUAUGACAGCGGUAUCAUCUCCUCCACUAUCGUCCAGCCUUAUUUUGAGAAAUACAUGGGAACCCCAACAUCCUCUCAAACUGGUGGAAUAGUCUCAUCCUUCACCGGAGGUGCAAUUCCAGGUGCAUUGUCUGUAGCUUGGCUGCCAGAUCGCGUUGGUCGCCGGAUGACCGUCUUCAUCGGCGCAUGCAUUUCAGUGCUUGGUUGUGCCUUGCAAGGUGGCGCGAGUAAUAUUCCCAUGAUGAUUGCCGGUAGAUUUAUUGCUGGAGUCGCUGUCGGCUUACUUUCUGCUGUUGUUCCCAUGUAUUGUUCCGAAAUUGCAAUAUCGCAGGACCGUGGAAAGCUCAGCGGGUUGCUUCAGUGGAUGUUGUCGUGGGGUUUUCUCGUUGCACAGUGGCUCGGAUACGGUUGCUUCAAGGUCAAUAGUGACUUCCAAUGGCGCUUCCCCCUCGCAUUUCAAGUCGUUCCAGGAACCAUCAUUGCUUGUGGUAUUUGGUUCCUACAAGAAAGUCCCAGGUGGCUCAUCGAAAAAGACCGACACGAAGACGCCCGAGCGGUUCUCACGAAGCUUCAUGGCAACGGAUCGAACGACGAAUUCCUCGAGCUCGAAUAUUGUGAGAUCAGAGACGCGAUCGUAGCAGAGAAGACAGUCUCGGUUCAGACAUGGACCGCGCUUAUGGCGAAACCCAGCUGGCGAAAGCGAUUGGCUUUAGGUUGUGGCGUGCAGGCAUUUGGCCAGCUUUCUGGUAUCAAUGUUAUCAACUACUACGGCAAUGUUAUCUACCAGAUCCUUGGAAUUGACACCGGCACCUCCCUCAUGAUCGUCGGCAUCUCUGGAGCGCUUUCCAUUGUCUACUGUACGGCAGGACUAUACCUCCUUGACAAAGUUGGACGAGUCAAACCUCUUAUCUUCUCUGCAACCGGAAUGGCCCUCGCACUAGUGGUUAACGCCGUGCUCUCCCAGUACUAUGUUGUGAAAUCUGGCGCGCAGACCUCAGACGGCAAUGCGCUCCGUGCCAUGGUAGCUAUGAAUUUAGUCUUUUCCCUAUUCUUCACCUUUACGGGCAUCAUCUCGUGGGUCUAUCCUGCUGAAAUCUUCCCCAUUGAGAUCCGCGCCAAGGGGAAUUCCAUCUCCACAAUCACGAACUGGUCUUUGAAUCUUCUGUUUGCACAGUGUGCCCCGAUCGCGCUUUCAAGCUUGGGCUUUAGAUUCUUUUACUUCUUCUUUGCGUUUAAUAUUGUGGCUACAGUCUGUUACAUCUUCCUUUUCCCUGAGACGAAGGGCAAGACGUUGGAGCAAAUGGAUGAGCUCUUUGGUGAUCAGCUCGUGCCGCAUGCGUUGGAGGACCCAGAGGGGGCAGCUGCGGUUAUGAGUGAAAAGUUCCAGCAUGCUACGCAUGUAGAGAUGAGGGAAGAAUAG